AUGAAGAUCUCCGCACUUCUUUCUCUCGUUCCCAUGGUUGCUGCCAUCGGCACACGUCAACCAAAAUCAUCCGAAGACCCCUUCCGCGUCGUUUCCGCCCGUUCAGGCUCUCCGAUCCAUUUCCUCACCCUAACAGCCUCAGGCAGCAACUUCUGGCUCGGCGGCAAGAGUGAGACAUACUGUCCCAGUUCAGCAGGCUCCUACUGCGCCAGUCAGACAAACGACACAAUUGUCUUUGGCGGCAACAACCUGGAUGUCGUCGUCCCUGGCGGUCAAAGCAUCUACGUCGCUCAUAGCGGCGCUCUGAGCUUCACAACCCCUCAUUCCAGCUAUGUCCCCGCCGGUUCUUACCAGGGAUCCUUCUCUUAUACCCCUGGUAGCUCCUUUGGCAAGUGGACUUUCGCUGGCGAGGGUGCGUCCGGAUUCAUGGCUUGCCCUGUUUCUAACUCGACUUUGACUUCAACUCGCCGUCGCUCUUCUACGCCUCGAUGGCAGGUGUAUGUGGCUCUGCAGAAUGCCACUGUUCCUACCAAAAAUGUGAACGACUGUCUUGGCUUUGAUGCGUUGGCUGUACCUAUUAACUCCUCUUCCACCCACGCUGCUUGGGAGUAUAUCUGA